AUGGCAUGUGACCUCUCCGUCCUCACGGGCAUGAGGGUUGCUGUCGUCCUGGAGGCGGAGUCCGGAAUAAUGCACUCAUUUGGGACGCCAUCAGCGGCACCCAUAGUUGAAGCUUUCUUAUCAGGAGGUCCACUUGUCGAGCCGUUGGUUGAUGAGGCAACGAAUGAUAGGAUUAGAAUGUUGCAGAGGGAGGUGGCUCGGUUGGACAUGGAAAGUGUGACAUAUGAGAAGAGAGCAGAACUCUCACUCGAGCAUAUCAAAAAUAUCCAAGAAGAGAACCCAGGUAUUGUAGCAAAUUUUAUCUUCUCCAGGGAAGAAUAUCUUAGUCUUGAAGAGCUUAACAAGCUCUUCAAUGAACUUUUGCGGGUCUGGGAGGACAUUAGACGUCGUAUGCCUCCACUUCAUCCUGUAUCGCUCCAGUCUGCACCACCACCUUUGGCACCUCGUUUAACAUCCCACCUACAACCAGUUGUUCAUCAGGUACCACAAAUAUUUCAGUCAGCACCACCAUCUUUGGGUUCCCAUUCGACAUCCCUCGUACAACCCAUUCCUGAUCUGGUACAAGAUUUACCUCCACGCCUUCAGAACUAUCCAAGUUCUUACAACUCAAUGGAGCCACCACAGAACAACACAAUCACUAACUCAACCAUUGGGAGCACUGUGGAGGGCCCCCCACAGUUGUUCUACCCCAAUGGCAAUGACUUUUCCAUCGGUGAGUCCUUUAGCAAUGGUACCUUGGCCUACACUCCGUCGAACCAACCACACUAUAAUGGGAACCUAGGGAUGGAUGCUUAUUUGGGACAUAAUGGCAAUAAUGUAGGCCAAUAUAACAUGGACUAUGAUGAGUUUGUCAAUGCACCGGCAAAGUCUUCCAACGGGAAUGAUGAUUAUGUUCAUUCAUGGUUUGAAGGACUUCUUUAG